UGAGCAGAUAGUGUUGAUAGAAAAAUGGCCGAUGUUGUGUUGUUCGUUUGUAAGAUUAACUUAUAGAGUUUAUGCAAACCGAUUUCUCCAGUGACUAUGGAUUUCGUUAAGUUACUUAAUUGGAAAUAAUCAGAUGAAUAUUCAGUUAAUUAUUCUGCACUACUAGGUGGGAAAAUAUUGCGAAGCAUAUUAUGGCUAGUCCAUCACCGCAAAGCAGCCCAAUGCCUCCACCACAGGCACCAAGUCCAAUGGGACCACCAUCACAAAGUCCGGCACCUUGUCCAUCACCACAUAGUCCAUAUCAAGUACCAUCGGGUCAUCUCAAUGGACCACCAUCAGCAAAUAUUGGCCCAAUGCCUCCACAAGGUCCAGGACAUCAUCCACAAGGUCCACCAGGUCCACACAUGCAAUCUCCACAGCAUUCAGGAAUGUCUUCUCAUCAAGGGCAUCCAGGAAUGCCCUCAUCUCAUGGUCCACCAACUGGUGUACCAACACCUCCUUGCCAUCCUACUGGAGUUGUUCAUCAAGGUCCCUCUAUACAGGGACACAUGGGUGUACCACAACAGGGACAUUCUGGUCCACCAAUGCAAGUUCAUCAAGGACACCCCAAUCAAGUAACGUCUGGCCAUGUUGGGUCAUCUGUACAUCCUGCUGGUCAACAAGGAAAUGUUGGUGGCCCUAUAGGUCAUUCUAUUAUACCACAAGGACAUCCUUCCGGGGCCCAAGUACAUGCAGGAGUUCCUCAUGUGCAUCAUGCAAUGCCACCACAAGGACAUGCAAGUGGACAUUCAGGAGGGCAACAAAGUCACUUGGCAGGGCCAACAGGUCAUCCUGGUGGACCACCUGGGCAUCCAGGAGGACAACCAGGACAUCCAGGAGGACCGCCAGGACAUCAAGGAGGACCGCCAGGACAUCAAGGAGGACCGCCAGGACAUCCUGGAGGACCGCCAGGGCAUCAAGGACCACCUGGCCAUCCAGUAGGACAGCAAGGACAUCCAGGUGGUCCACCAGGGCACCCUGUAGGACAGCAAGGACAUCCAGGUGGUCCACCAGGUGCAUCCUGGAGGACAGCAAGGACAUCCAGGUGGUCCACCAGGUCAUCCUGGAGGACAGCAAGGACAUCCAGGUGGUCCACCAGGCAUCCUGGAGGACAGCAAGGACAUCCAGGUGGUCCACCGGGGCACCCUGUAGGACAGCAAGGACAUCCAGGUGGUCCACCAGUGCAUCCCGGAGGACAGCAAGGACAUCCAGGUGGUCCACCAGUGCAUCCUGGAGGACAGCAAGGACAUCCAGGUGGUCCUCAAGGACAUUCUCUUGGACAUCCUGGAGGACCUCAGAGUCAUCAUGGGGGCCCUCAAAGCCUUACGAACAGCACUCCACCAGUACAUAGUCACCCUGGAGGACCACAUCAACAACAUCCUAGUGGUCCAUCACCAGGUCAAGUGCAUCCCUCUACAGGACAUAUGCAAGCAGGUGCACCAGGGGGGCCAUCGCCUCAUGGUAUGCCACAUAAUAUACAAGGUCCUUCUGGUCAACCAUAUGCAGGGCUUCCAAUGGCACCAAUUAAUCAUCCCUCACAAGGACAGAAUCCCACUUCCUCGCCAGGACCACAAGGCCCUCCAGGUGGAAUUCCACAACCAGGACCUCCAAUACCUCAGGGACAAGAAAAUUUGAGUGCUCUUCAGCGAGCAAUAGAUUCCAUGGAAGAAAAGGGAAUGCAAGAAGACCCUCGCUAUUCACAAUUAUUAGCACUGCGUGCACGCACAAAUGGCAGUAAUUCGCUAUUUAACCAGUUGCAAAUGCAACAACUUAGGUCGCAAAUUUUAGCAUAUAGAAUGUUAGCUAGAAACCAACCAUUGACUCAGCAAAUGACAAUGGCAGUACAGGGUAAAAGACCUGAUGGUACUCCACAAUUUCCAACGCCUCCUUCGAGUCCAUUCCAACAAGCUGUGCAAGCUCCUCAGAGUGGUGGGCCGCCGCCCUCCUCUGGCGAAGUGAAUGAAUCCUCGUCAUCUGAAAGUAAUACACCACAACCAACAUCCCAGCAACAGCAAACUGCACCGCCACCACAACAACAACAAACACCACCACCACCACAACAACAACAAACACCACCACAGCAACUGCAGCAACAACAACAACCAGGGCCUCCACUUCCACCACAACCAAUGAGACCUCCGGGAGCUCCUCCAAGUGCGACUGCUUCUCAACAUAUAGUAGGUCCAACUUCAAUUCCACCUCAGUCUGCACAAAAACCUUCUCUGCAACCACCUUUACCUGGGCAACCGCAUGGUGUUCGUCCUGGUGGUCCUGGACAAGCAAAUCAACAACAGCAGCAAGUUCAGGGUAAACAAAAUCGUGUUACUACUUUAUCGAAACCAGUAGGGAUAGAUCCAUUAGUAAUUCUUCAAGAACGUGAAAAUCGUGUAGCAUCUCGUAUACAAGCCCGCAUGGAUCAACUUAGUAACUUACCUACAAACAUGCCUGAAGAUUUACGCAUUCAAGCUCAGAUUGAAUUGAGAGCUUUGAGAUGCUUAAAUUUUCAACGUCAAUUACGUAGCGAAAUAAUAGCCUGUACGCGUAAGGAUACAACUUUAGAAACAGCAGUUAAUGUAAAAGCAUACAAACGUACCAAGCGACAGGGCCUUAGAGAAGCACGUGCUACGGAAAAACUAGAAAAACAACAAAAAUUGGAAGCCGAACGAAAGCGUCGCCAGAAACAUCAAGAAUUUUUAGGUUCAGUUCUUCAACAUGGAAAAGAUUUUAAAGAUUUCCACAGAAAUAAUCAAGCAAAGUUGGCACGAUUAAAUAAGGCUGUAAUGAAUUAUCAUGCAAAUGCGGAACGUGAACAGAAGAAAGAACAGGAGAGAAUUGAAAAAGAACGUAUGAGAAGACUGAUGGCUGAAGAUGAAGAAGGCUAUAGGAAACUUAUUGAUCAAAAGAAAGAUAAACGCCUGGCGUUCUUACUUUCACAAACAGACGAAUACAUUUCCAACCUUACUGAAAUGGUUAAACAGCAUAAGAUUGAACAAAGAAGAAAGCAACAAGAAGAAGAGAAGAGGAAAAAGGUAAACUUGAAAAAGAAGAAGAAGACAAAAGUCGGUGCAGAUGGCAUGGAAGUGGAUGAUGAAGGUUCUCAGGGUUCAGAUAGACCAGUCACUGUUGUAGAAACUUCUUCUGGUAAGAUAUUAAGUGGAGAAGAUGCGCCAUUGUUAAGUCAACUUCAACAGUGGCUUGAAUGUCAUCCUGGCUGGGAAGUUGUUGAAGAUAGUGAUGAUGAUUCAGAUGAUGAUCCAGAAGGCUCGCAUAAAAAGUCUGAAAAUAAAAAUGAUGAUCCUAAAGUCAAAGAUGUUCUUAAAAAGGCUAAAGUCGAGGAUGACGAGUAUCAUAAAAAUGCUAAUGAGGAACAAACGUAUUACAGCAUAGCUCAUACAGUACAUGAAAUAGUUACAGAACAAGCCUCAAUUAUGGUGAAUGGCAAUUUGAAAGAAUAUCAAAUUAAGGGUCUUGAAUGGCUAGUUUCUUUAUACAAUAACAAUCUGAAUGGAAUUUUAGCUGACGAGAUGGGUCUUGGUAAAACCAUUCAAACGAUUGCACUAAUAACGUACUUAAUGGAAAAGAAAAAAGUUAAUGGACCUUUCUUGAUUAUUGUUCCUCUAUCGACGCUUUCCAAUUGGGUUUUGGAAUUUGAAAAGUGGUCUCCUUCAGUGGUAGUUGUAUCGUACAAAGGAUCACCAGCUGGUAGAAGACAAAUCCAAUCUCAGAUGAGAGCUACUAAAUUCAACGUACUUUUAACAACAUAUGAAUAUGUAAUAAAAGACAAGGGCGUUUUAGCUAAACUCCCAUGGAAAUAUAUGAUUAUUGACGAGGGGCAUAGAAUGAAAAAUCAUCACUGCAAGCUCACCCAAGUUUUGAAUACUCAUUAUUUAGCGCCACACAGACUUUUGCUCACUGGAACACCAUUACAAAAUAAACUUCCUGAAUUAUGGGCACUUUUAAACUUUUUAUUGCCUUCUAUAUUCAAAAGUUGUUCUACAUUUGAACAAUGGUUUAAUGCACCAUUUGCGACGACUGGGGAGAAAGUUGAAUUAAACGAAGAAGAAACUAUACUUAUUAUUCGUCGUCUCCACAAAGUGCUAAGACCAUUUUUGCUCAGACGUCUCAAAAAGGAAGUGGAAUCUCAACUUCCAGACAAAGUGGAAUAUAUUAUUAAAUGCGAUAUGUCUGGAUUACAACGUGUUCUUUAUAAACAUAUGCAAAGUAAGGGAGUUUUACUUACAGACGGUUCAGAGAAAGGAAACAAAGGCAAAGGUGGCUCUAAAGCUCUUAUGAAUACUAUUGUGCAACUCAGAAAAUUAUGUAAUCAUCCAUUCAUGUUUCAAAAUAUUGAAGAAAAAUAUUGCGAUCAUGUUGGAAUGGCCGGUGGCGUUAUUUCAGGACCUGAUGUAUACAGGGCCUCAGGAAAAUUCGAAUUGCUGGACCGCAUUCUACCCAAGUUAAAAGCAACUAAUCAUCGUGUUUUACUUUUCUGUCAAAUGACACAAUUAAUGACCAUCAUGGAAGAUUACUUAAGUUGGAGAGGGUUUGGAUAUUUACGUUUGGAUGGAACAACCAAAGCAGAAGAUCGCGGAGAUUUGCUUAAGAAAUUCAAUAGUCGUCACAGCGAAUAUUUCUUAUUUCUGCUAUCAACCCGAGCAGGAGGAUUGGGUUUAAAUUUACAAACUGCUGAUACUGUAAUUAUAUUUGAUUCUGAUUGGAACCCACACCAGGAUCUUCAAGCCCAAGAUCGUGCGCAUCGUAUUGGCCAACAAAAUGAAGUACGAGUCUUGCGAUUAAUGACUGUAAAUUCCGUAGAAGAACGAAUUUUAGCAGCUGCAAGAUAUAAGUUAAAUAUGGAUGAGAAAGUUAUCCAAGCCGGUAUGUUUGACCAAAAAUCGACAGGUUCUGAAAGACAACAAUUCUUGCAAAGUAUUCUUCAUCAAGAUGGUGAUGAUGAAGAAGAAGAAAAUGAAGUACCUGAUGAUGAAAAUGUUAAUCAAAUGGUAGCACGUUCUGAAGCUGAAUUUGAAAUAUUUCAAAAAAUGGAUCUCGAGAGGAGACGAGAAGAAGCGAAAUUGGGAUCUGCCAGGAAAGGAAGGUUAUUGGAAGAAAGUGAAUUGCCUGACUGGCUGGUUAAAGAAGACGAUGAGGUCGAAUGUUGGGCAUAUGAAGAUCCAGAAGAGAGUAUUUUAGGAAGAGGUACAAGGCAAAGAAAGGAAGUUGAUUAUACGGAUAGCUUAACUGAAAAAGAAUGGCUAAAAGCAAUCGAUGAAGGAGGAGAUUAUGAUGACGAGGAAGAAGAGGAAGAAAAAAUUAAUAAGAAGAAAAAAGGACGUAAAAAACGAAAACGAGGUGACGAUUCUGAUUCUGAAGUUGGAACCAGCAGUAGCAAGAGACGUAGAGGACAGUCUGGUAUUGAUUCGAAGCUUAAGAAGCAAAUGAGAAAAUUAAUGAAUAUUGUUUUAAAGUAUACAGACAGCGAUGGGAGAUUAUUAAGUGAACCAUUUAUGAAAAUACCACCGAGAAAAGAUUACCCAGAUUAUUACGACAUUAUCAAGAAACCUAUUGAUAUGACAAAAAUUGCCAACAGAAUUGAUGAGGGCAAGUAUACAGAUUUUGCGGAUUUAGAAAGAGAUUUCAUGUUACUAUGCCAAAAUGCACAGAUAUAUAAUGAAGAAAAUUCAUUAAUUCAUGAAGAUAGUAUAGUUCUUCAGUCUGUAUUUACUAAUGCAAAGCAACGUCUUGAAACAGAUGGCGAUGAUGAUGACGGCGAAGACGAUGAUAACAAAUCCGAUACUGAUUCCACUGUAAAAAUGAAGAUAAAAUUGAAGAAUAAAAAAGGCGGUGGACGUCGUAAACGUUCCGCAAAAAAAUACAUUUCUGACGAUGAUGAUGACGAUGAUGACUAAAUAUUAGAAAGUUUCAUUGUGUUUUGUACAUAUUCCUCAGUUAAUUGUAAAAGUGAUCAGAAAUUGGAAUAAAUAAUCUGAUCUUAAUUAUAUAUGUAAUAAAUCAUUGGUAGUUUGAUAUUCUUCAGUGGAUAAUUAUGGAAUAUGGAUUCUUAAUAUAUAAAUAUUUUAAUUACAUUUCAUUAUAACGU